AUGCCUCUCACUUGCUUAAUUUGCUCAUCGGCUAUUAACCGUAGUACUACCUAUUUAACUUGUCUUGCCUGUAAGAAAACUACAGCUCAUAGUAAUUGCGUUACUACUACUGGAUCCUCUCCUAAAAACGCAUCUUCUUGGAAAUGCAGUAUUUGCUCUCCUUCUAAUUUCGAUUUACUCUCUAAAAUCGAAAAAUUGUUCGACCUAUUAAAUUCUACCAAUGAAAAAUUAGACCGGGUUGUAGCUGAAAAUUCUCGUUUUCAAGAAAAAUUAUGCUUACUUGAAUCAAGAUUCGUCAAAUUAGAAUCAAAUCCAACUUCUAAUGCCGUUUCUUAUUCUGACAUGUUUAACGAACUACAUGAUCGCCAAUCUCGAGAAAAAAAUAUAAUUUUAUUUAACGUACCCGAGUCGAUUAAUGAUGUCGAUGACACCUCAUUAGUUAAUGACAUUUUUGCUAAAAUUGAUGCCCCUAUCGCUACUUCACUAAUAGUCCGCCUGGGUAAACGUGGACCAAAACCUCGACCGAUAAAGAUCACAUGUGAAAAAAAAUCCGACGUUGGGUUAAUACUUAAGUCAAAAAAUCGCCUCCGGAAUCUACCUGACAAGAAAUUUAUCCACGUAACGGUUGAUUGGACCACUUCACAACGCAGUUUCUACAAUAAAGUACGUGAACAACUUUCAAUACGUAAAAACAAUGGUUUUACACAUACAGAUAAUACUUUUAUAAAUAAUAAUAUUAAUUCAUCUAAAUUUAAAUGCAAACAUAUUGAUGGCUUGUUUCAAAAUGUUAGGGGGUUGCGUACAAAGUUAGAUUUAUUACGUAUCAAGGAACCGUUAUUUACUUUGGAUUUUUAUGUAAUUGUUGAGACUAGUUUAAAUAGUAACUUCUUAUCAUCUGAACUUGGUUUUUCCUCGUUUGAGAUCUAUAGAUGUGAUCGUGACUAUACAAAUUCUGGCGUUAACCUUGGUGGCGGAGUUUUAAUUUGUGUAAAAAAAAAAUUGUUUUCUAAACAUUUAAAUGCACUUUAUACUCCAAAUUUUGAACACUUAUUUAUUCACGUCCGUGUUAAUAAUAAAGACUUAAUAAUCGCUGGUGUUUAUUUUCCACCCAAUAGUAACAAUGAUAGUUACGUUUCAUUUUUUAACGCUUUAAAUUUAAUUGUAUCAUCACAUCCUGAUUAUGAAAUUAUUAUUUGCGGUGAUUUUAAUCUACCUAAGUUAAACUGGGUUGUUCAUAAGGACUAUGUUAAGUGCUACGGUAAUAUCUAUAAUCAGGCAGCAACCGUUAUCGAUGAAUUCGCUUAUCUCAACUGUCGACAAUUUAAUAGAUGGUAUAAUUUAUCGGGCUCAUUACUUGAUUUAAUAUUUUCUAACAUUCCAAAUGUUUGUGUUCUUAAUGACGCUGAUAAAGCUAUUUUACCUUUAGACACGUUAUAUCACCCUGCUCUGUACAUUAGCUUUAAUAUUUCUACGUGUUGUAGUAAUUCGGACCCAAUUCCAAGUUAUUUCGAUUUUAACCGAACUGACUUUUGUGGCUUAUCGUACGCUCUUAAUUCUUGUAAUUGGAACGACAUUUUAAGCAGUCCGGACAUUAAUAUAGCCACUUCAUGUUUUUACUCAACACUUAACACUCUGAUUGAAUAUUUCGUUCCUAAAAUUACUCAAAAAAAAACUAAUUUCCCCUCCUGGUAUAGCAAGUACUUAAUAUGUUUAAUUAUCAAAAAAAAAAUUGCACAUAAAACUUUCAAACGUUAUAAUAGUCCUAAUGAUUUCAAUACUUUUAAACUAUUACGGCAACAAAUCAAAAUUGAAUCUUAUAACGCAUAUAAUAGUUAUCUUAAUCACAUCCAAUCGGAUUUAUUAUUAAACCCAAAACGUUUUUGGAAUUUUGUCCGCUCUAAAAAACAAGAUAGCUCUAUCCCUCAAGCCAUGUCUCUCAACGAAGUAUCUGCCAAUUCAAGCCAAGAUAUUGUUAAUCUUUUUGGUGAUAUUUUUGAAGGUUUAAGUUUUCUUAAACCUAAGUGUUCAUAUGGUCCUGAUGGGAUACCUCCUAUACUAUUACGUAAUUGCCGUUAUUCAUUAGCACUACCCAUCUAUACAUUAUUCAAAUUAUCUUUAUCUACUAGCUCUUUUCCUACAUUAUGGAAAUCUAGCUACAUUCAACCUAUUUUUAAAUCUGGUGCCAGAUCAAAUGUCGAAAACUAUAGACCUAUUUCCAUUUUAUCUGCAAUCCCUAAGUUUUUUGAUAAAAUACUUGCUUCAAAAAUUAACCACUAUUUUAAAAAUGUUUUUAUUAAUGAGCAACACGGGUUUAGACCUGGUAGAUCUACGGUUAAACUGUAUGGUGUAUCGGAUCCAUUAUUAACAUGGUUCAAAUCAUAUCUCUCCUCCCGUACCCAAAUUGUAAAAAUUCAUAACCAUUCUUCUUUUCCCAUUUCCGUUACCUCAGAUGUCCCGCAAGGUGGCCACCUUUCUCCGUGGCUAUUUAACAUUUUUAUUAAUGAUGUGUCCCAAUGCUUUUCUAACUGUAAAUUCUUGCUCUUUGCUGAUGACUUGAAGAUUUUUAAUGUUAUAAAUAACACAUCUAACUGCUUAGAUUUACAAAGUUGCUUAGUUAAACUUUAUAAAUGGUGCACUGAUAAUGGUUUAUUAAUAAACAUUAACAAAUGUAAUUAUAUAUCGUUUUUUCGUACUCGUUCAUAUAUUAACUUCCAAUAUUCCAUUAAUUCCAAUCAACUUGUCCCAGUUACCACAAUAAAAGAUCUAGGUGUUAUUUUCUCUUCCGACCUUUCAUUUAAUGACCACAUUAAUUACAUUUGUAACAAGUCCAAUAAAAUACUUGGGUUUUUAAACCGUAACACCAUUGGUUUCUCUAAUAUUAACGCGUUGAAUACUCUAUAUAUGUCACUAGUCCGUUCAAUACUUGAAUACGCUGCUAUUAUUUGGUCACCCCAUCAACAAUUACAUAUUAAUCGUAUAAAUAAAGUACAAAAUAAAUUUAUAAAAAUAAGCACAUUUCGUUGUGGGAUUAACCCGUAUACUUUUAAAUCUCUAACUGAUAGACGUGUUGAAUUUGAUGUUACCUUUAUUUACAAAUUAUUGAACAAUGAUAUUGAUGCUCCUGAUUUACUUGCUAAAUUAUCUUUAGCCGUUCCUUCUUUUUAUUCUAGAAACCCCCAAACUUUUAAAACGAAUUUUCACACCACUAACUAUGGUUACGCAGCCCCUCUUGAUCGUGCUUGUCGAUCUAUUAAUAAUAUGUCAAAUAUUGAUAUUUUUAACGAUUCUUUGCCAUCAUUAAUUCUAAAACUAUAA